AUGGUCACUGAACGGUUCUUUGCACUCGCGCGACUACAUCAUGGUCACAGAACGGUUUUUUACCCUCGCGCGCCUACAUCAUGGUCUCUGAACGGUUCCAGCAAUCACGCGCCUACAUCAUGGUCUCUUAACGGUUCUAGCCCUCGCGCGCCUACAUCAUGGUCUCUGAACGCAAUCACGCGCCUACAUCAUGGUCUCUUAACGGUUCCCAGCCCUCGCGCCUGCAUCAUGCCCUCGCGCGCCUACAUCAUUGUCACUGAACGGUUCUUUGCCCUCGCGCGCCUACAUCAUGGUCACAGAACGAUUCAAGCCGUCGCGCGCCUACAUCAUUGUCAAAGAACGGUUCUUUGCCCUCUCGCGCCUACAUCAUGGUCUCUGAACGGUUCUAGCAAUCACGCGCCUACAUCAUGGUCUCUGAACGGUUCUAGCCCUCGGGCGCCUACAUCAUGGUCACUGAACGGUUCUUUGCCCUCGCGCGCCUACAUCAUGGUCUCUGAACGCAAUCACGCGCCUACAUCAUGGUCUCUUAACGGUUCUUGCCCUCGCGCGCCUGGAUCAUGGUCACAGAACGCUUCUUUGCCCUCGCGCGCCUACAUCAUUGUCUCUGAACGCCCUCGCGCCUUCAUCAUUGUCACUGAACGGUUAUUUGCCCUCGCGCGCCUACAUCAUGUUCACAGUACGAUUCAAGCCAUCGCGCGCCUACAUCAUGGUCACAGAACGCAAACACGCGCCUACAUCAUUGUCACUGAACGGUUCUUUGCACUCGCGCGCCUACAUCAUGGUCUCAGAACGGUUCUUUUCAUUCACGCGCCUACAUCAUGGUCUCUUAACGGUUCUAGCAAUCACGCGCCUACAUCAUGGUCUCUUAACGGUUCUAGCAAUCACGCGCCUACAUCAUGGUCACUGAACGGUUCUUUGCACUCGCGCGCCUACAUCAUUGUCACUGAACGGUCCGAGCCCUCCCCUUUCGCCCCAACAUCAUUGUCAUUGAACGGUUCUAGCCCUCGCGCACCUACAUCAUGGACAAUGAACGGUUCUAACCCUUACGCGCCUACAUCAUUGUCACUGAACUGUUUUAGCCAUCACAGGCCUACAUCAUGGUCACUGAACGGUUUUAGACCCCGCGCGCCUACAUCAUGCUCACUUAACUGUUUUAGCCCUCACAGGCCUACAUCAUGGUCACUGAACGGUUCUAGACCUUGCUUGCGUACAUCAUGGUCGCUGAACCGUUCUACCCCUUUCCCGCCUACAUCAUUGUCACUGAACGGUUCUUUGCACUCGCGCGCCUACAUCAUGGUCUAUAAACGGUUCUUUUCAUUCACGCGCCUACAUUAUGGUCUCUUAACGGUUCUAGCAAUCACGCGCCUACAUCAUGGUCACUGA